AUGAUGCAUAGUGUCAUCCAAUCCUGGGACCAUGGCGCGUUCAAGAUACCGGAAGUUCGCACGGCAAAAUGGAGUCGCGGUACAGACGGGGCAUUUGUGGUCCUUCAGUUUUCCGAGCCAACAAACCGCCCUCCCCUCAAUGGAGAUGUCGACCUGAACAACGCCUUAGUGAUCAAUCGGGGUGAGAUCACAGUGACGGCUGGCCGAGGCGAAUGGAGCACAGACGGGGAGGUCCUCUCCAUCACUGACUUGGAUCCUGGAAGCUGGAGAGCGAUCACGGCUUCUAUCUCAAGUGGGGAGUUUCAUGUAAAACCAAGAGAGAAGGUUUUGGUUGGUGCAGACAAUGGAGGGGGCAAAACCGGGUCACCGGACCAACUAAGGGGCAGCCUGACCAUGCGAAUGUCUUUUCCUGGACGGUUCGUAGCACAUCUCUUCGUCGGGGAGCAACUGGAUUCUAGUGCUGAGAUCAUUGAAGUUGACCUUUGCCCGGAGCAGGUGGUUGUUGCUUUGAGCAACCCCGGGAGUGGCAGCGUUGAAGACCCGCAGCCGUUCUUCAGCGCAGAUGGGGUCUUGUCGAUGCCAGGAGACAAAUGGCUAAAGGUUCCUUCCAGCCUGUUCCACCAUCAGCGGGAACCCCUUGGAGGUAUUCAAUCGGAACAGAUGAUACCUGGAAGGCGUAGCUCAUGGAGCUUCUCCCUUUGGGUUUACCUCCUGGACGAUGCUACUGGAAGUUUUCGUGGCCUAUUUUACAAGGGCGAUGGGGGUGCAAAAAUGGGGCGUACACCAUCAGCCUGGUUGUGUCCACAUUCCAACCGCAUCGCGCUGAGGGUCACAAGCGACACAAACGCCGACAUUGGUGCGGAUUCUGUAGCAUCCCUCAACGCGGGGGCCUGGAAUCAUGUGGUUUUUACCUUCGACAACACCACAAGCGGGGAGUUCUCGUCCGCCAUCUUCAUCAAUGGAACGCUCGACAUAUCUGUGCAAUUCGACGGAACAACCGUCUUGGGGAACGACGGGCCUCUGCACAUUGGGCGCGAUACGAGCAAUCUCGGUCCCAGGUGGGUCUACUACGACAGGAUAAAAACCGAUAUCAGCCCCACAAGGUCAUGGAUCGCGGUGCAGUCCGAACCGAUUCGUCCUCGCGUUCGGCCGAAGUACUUUGUCUUGUGCUGUGCCUCGUCUCCCGACGGCAGGUCUCUAGUUUCCUUGGUGCGGCUGUGGAAGGGGGCGCUUUCUCCAGAUGAGGUCGACGCCGUAUUUCAGGCAUCAAAGCCUCUGUUUCUCCGCGAAGCGUCGACUGCUUUGGUAUCUCGCUAUUCUUCAAUUCACGCCAUUGUUUCCAUGACAUCGAGGAUGCAGACAACUUCAACGUACGCUUCGCUUCUUCUGACUGGGCGAGAGCAGCUCGACGGGGAAAAUGCUGCGAGAUGCGGAAGAGAAACGGAGCUAGAGGCACGAGCGACCGCCGUGGCACAGUGGAAUGAUGGUGGGGCAAGAGUCGCAGUCGAUCAACUCGAGCUGGCAGUGCUAGGCGGAUCUUUCCGGGCGGCAUAUAUGCUUGCGACGACAAUGCUAAGCGGGCUUGGCGGCACUGCCGCACACGAUCGAUCAAUCGCAGAUUGCGCGAGGUGUCAAUCGUACCGAGUUGCUCCAACAACCCAGCAUUUUGCCGGCGUCGGGGUUGGUGCCGCGGUGCUAGACCAAUGGAUGAGCGCAGCAAACACCACUCACGAAGAGGACAGCAACAGAGGGAGUCUGAAAACGUGGAAAGUGCCGACCACUUCAAGGGCUAUCGCCUUACUCCACUUCGCGGCGGUCGGUGGUUACUCCGAAGCACAGCUAGCCCUGGGUUUAAGAUAUCUCCAAGGAAAUGGGGUACAACUCGAUAUGGAAACGGCAGCUUACUACCUUGCAUGUGCAUGCGACAAAGCGCACGCCGAAUACCACCUGGUGGGUAAGCAGCCUAUACUCGAAAUGCAACGCCUGACAGCAGCGAACGAAGCCGUUGUGGAGGUCGGGCAAAAAGGAGAAGACGACGACGCCCUUCAGUACCAGAUUCAUCGGGCGGAGCAGGGCGAUGUUCCCAGCAUUGAAGCUAUGGCUGACCUUUACUACUGGGGGGCGCGGGGGGUCACUCGUGAUCAGAGUCGAGCACUGCAAUACUUUAACCGAGCUUCCCACGCUGGAAGCAACAACGCACGGUGCGCUGCAGCGGGCAUGUACUUAAAGGGCGAAGGGACCAAAGUAAACCACACAAAGGCGGUGGAACUAUUCGAGCUCGCGGCCGCCGAAGGCUAUGUACGAGCUCUGAACGGACUGGGAUAUGUGUACUUCAACGGGCACGUUCUUCCUCAAAAUUUCGUCCAUCAUAGGGUCGGUGCCGCGGAAUUGUUCCGGCUUGGAGCCGGGUGGGGCCACGUCGAUUGCGCGUAUGAGCUAGGGUACAUGUACGCCCAGGGGAUUGGCGUGGAACGUGAUCCUGCGCUUGCAGCGAAGUACUUGGCUGUCGUGGCUCAGGCUGGCCCGUGGGGGCGGCGACUCCGACUGGCGUUCGACUGCUAUCUCCAGGGUGAUGUGCUGUCUGCUCUUUCUAUGUACUCAGAGACGGCAGAGCUCGGGUAUGAGGUGGCCGCCAGCAACGCGGCGUUUCUACUGGAUGAAGGAAAGCUCCGCUUGGACGGUGAAUUAUUUCAAGGUGAAUUGUCGAACAUGCAGACCAGGAAGACAGAGUUAAAGCAUUUUUUUCUCCAGGUAAUACAUUCGUCAACGUAUGUGCAUCUGAUACUUUGGUCGACGUAUGUGCAUGCCAAUUUUGGUCACCACACAGGUGGCCGUUCUGCUCCGGUGUGGUCAGAGACUAUGGCUGUUCGGCUCCACAUCAUGACCGCCACGAAAGGUUACGCACCAUCGUUUCUGGCGAUCGGAGACGCCUUUUUUUACGGAAGGGCCGGACUUCCGAGGUAG